AUGCUGAACCAGAUAUUAAAAAGACAUUGCAGAAGAGUCAAGCCAGUUACUUCCUUCUUGGAAGGCUCUAAGCGUGCCUUCUCAGGCACCAGAGAGGGUACCAAGAGUGAGGUGUUGUCCUCGAUUGACCCUUAUUUGGGGAAAUUUGAUAAUUUCUUAAGGAAUGUGGCUAAUUAUGAAGAACAGCUUGACGAUAAUCUCCAUCCUUACUACAUGAAGAAGGAUGCUCUUUCAGGCUACGCCACUGGGGCAGGCACUGAGAAGUACAUGAAGCGGAACAGGGAUGAAAUCCCUGAGGAGAAUUUCAAGACGCCGUUUGACAGUGACCUUAAGUUGUCCAGCCUAGGUAUCGGGACGUACAUCGGGGCUCCUGAUGAUGAGACUGAUUUCUAUAUGUACAACGGCAUCAAGACUAGCGUCAUGAGCGGUGGUGUUAAUGUUAUUGAUACAGCUAUAAAUUAUCGAUACCAGAAGUCAGAGAAAGUCAUUGGCUCGGUCUUAAAUACCCUUGUGAAUAAGUACGGAUAUACCAGAGAUGAACUCUUUGUCGCUUCAAAGGGUGGCUUCGUCCCAGAGGACUCUGAGCAGGGCACUCCUGGACGAGUUAUCGUUGAGGAACUCAUCAGAGAGGGUCAUAUGGACAAGAGCGAUGUGAUUCAAGGUAAUGUUCACUGCAUUCAUCCUAAAUUUUUGGAGAACCAGCUUGAACAAAGUUUAAAGAAUAUGAACCUUGAGACAUUGGACUUGUAUUAUCUCCAUAAUGCUUAUGAGAUGCAAGGCCCUCACAACACAGAUAAUGUGGUCAUGGACAGACUUGCAGCUGCUUUCGAGUUCCUUGAGUCCAAGGUCGAAGAAGGUAAGAUCAAAAACUAUGGGUUGGCAACAUGGCUCUGAUUCAGAGCAAGAAACAGAGAGGAAAAAAUCUACCUUAACUUGCAAAAAGUUGUUGAAUUGGCUGAAAAGGUUUGUGGGAAGGAUAAUCAUUUUAACUACAUUCAAGUACCUAUUAACGUAAUGAUACCUGAAGCCUUCAUCGAGCCAUGGCAAGACUUUAAUGAAAAGAGGGGUGAUGAAACUGUAGCUACUAAUAAAACCUUACUUGCAGUCUGUAGCAUGCUGAAUAUGAACUUAGUAUCUUCUCAACCCUUGUUCCAGGGUAAGCUAUCUAACCUGGCUUUGCCAAACCAGAUGGGUGUGUAUAAUACGGCUUCGAGACAUUUGCAGUUGAUUCGAUCGAUCCCAUCGGCUGGGCCUGGCUCCUCUCCCCUUGUAAGCACCCUGGUUGGCAUGAAAAAUCCCAGACAUGUCAAGUAUAACCUUGAAGUGGUGAAGAAGCCCUUGAUGACAAGAGAAGAAUGGUUUGAUAUCAUCAAACCAAAGAAGAGAGUCGAGCACAUCGAUGAAGAAGUUGAGUAA